CGACCACGUACCGACGUAUGAUACGUUAUGUAAUUUAUUAGGAAAUUGACGUUGAACGAGAAAAGUAGAGAAAAAAAUGUUGUAUUUUUGCCCAAUUUUUAAAUUCGAGAGAAGAGGAUACGAUACGAUACGAGUUUAUUUCGAGUUUUCAAUCAAAUAUUUUUCGCACGUUAAAAAUAGACACUAUUGAAUAGCCUUGAAUGAUAAAAUAAAAUGGCAUGUUUUCCCGGAACGAUUGAAAUUCGUCAAUUAAUAAACAGGAGAUAACGAAACGAUAGAUAAAUUAAUUAAUAUAAAAUUGGAUAAAUUACGGAUAUACUUACGACGAACAUGUUUGUAACAAAGCAAAUUUGAUCAUUGAAUUAGUACGAAAAAUAAGAGUGGAGCUAGCACGAGCUCGAGUGGAACUGGAAUUCCCACGGAAAAACCAAAAAUAUUAGGUUGCAAUGAUGUGGAUGCAAUGUUGAUGGGAAAAGGAUGGAGAGGUGGCUCGUCGGAUUACAUAAUUGGUUUGAUGUAGUGCGUGUAUAAAGAUCGAUGGCUAUAAAAGCAGUAAGAUGAAAGAACCGAUCCACAGUAUAAUCUCGGAGUUAACGAGCACUCCACAAUGGUUAGUGAAACAGCAAGGAGUUUUAGGGCCUUGCUGCUGUUUUUAUUUGUCGGUGCCCUUUCGACAGCGCCGACUAUAGAAGAUGAGAACACUACUUUAUCGACGGAACUCAAGCCUCCUCCUUACCCGCAAAAGGAAGAGGAGCAUUACUAUAUGCUGUUCGUUAUAAAUCUUUUUGGCGUGAAAAAUGUUACCGGUGAAACGUCCGAUGAAAUUUUGGAAAACGAUAUCAUUCGUCAUGUCCCGCAAUUAACAGAUCCGUUGGCGACUCUGCUUGUGAUCGUCGACGUCGACGAGAACGAUGAAGAUACGGAUGAAGCGGUGGAUCUCGAUGAAAUUGCGGAAGAACUGAAUAAGGAGGAUUUCAACGUGGAGAAGAUCGAUUAUGGAGGUGAAACGAAAGUAUUGAGGCUGAAACUCUCUAAGGAGGAAGGAGAAGGAAUAUUUCCCUCGAAAUCGAAAAUGGAAAAAUUGAAGAAAAUCCGCAACAAGAGAACACUUUGUGUCAAGUGUGGAGGACUUGGAACUGGAGGUGGAGGAGGAUUUGGUGGUGGAUUCGGUGGUGGAUUCGGUGGUGGAGGAGGCAAGCCUGGAUGUGCGGGUGGUAGUUGUGGUGGUGGUGGCUAUCCUGGUGGUGGUGGCUAUUAUCCUGGAGGAGGUGGUUAUCCUAGUGGAGGAGGCGGUUAUCCUAGUGGAGGAGGUGGUUAUCCUAGUGGACACGGUGGUGGCAAAUAUGGAUGUGCAGGUGGUAGUUGUGGUGGAGGAGGUUAUCCAGGUGGUGGAUAUCCAUCCGGAGGUGGUGGAUAUCCAUCCGGAGGUGGUGGGUAUCCAUCCGGAGGCGGUGGGUAUCCAUCUGGGGGCGGUGGGUAUCCAUCUGGGGGCGGUGGUUGCAGCACAUGUGGAAGUGGCGGAAGCUCAUAUGCUUCGGCAUCGGCAAAUGCAAACGCACAAGCAGGAACUGGCAAAUGGUAAAAAAUUUUAAUUUUUUAUUUUUUAUAUUAAUUUCUAUACGUAAGAGUAUAUAGUAAUCGAUAAUUAUAGUAAAAGAAUACGUAUAAUAAAAUUUAAAAAAAAAUGGAAUUAAAUAACAAUAUAAUAUAUAAUUAUUAUCAUUGUUUCAGGGGAUACAUAUAAGUGUAAAUUUAAUGGAAUAUAAGAACAACGAAAAUAUUCCACGCUACAUGCUGCCCAAAAUUUCAAAUUCAACCAUUUCGAAAUUUCAAUUCAAAAAUUCAAAUUCAACGAAAGUGAUAUUAAUUUGUAAUGAAUUUUUAACGUUCGUCAUUUCGAUUUCGAUCUUGAUUAACAUGUAUGGAGCAUCGAAUAAACAAGAAAAAUAAAUAAA